CAAUAAAUGUCAAGUGUCAGUGGCAACGUUUCAAUCUCAUGUUUAUUCAGUUUGAUGUGAGUUAACCACUUCAACGUGAUGGACUGGUCGUUGAGUUUGUUCAACCCUAAUCCUUACAUUGAGUACAACAUCGACGAUUUCGUCAUAGACAAUAAGAACAACCUGGAAUCCCUCCCACCGGAACCCCAACUCGGGAACAUCGAAUACAAACUCAAAAUCGUAAACCCUACCAAACAACGGUUCGAACAUUUGGUAACGCAACUGAAAUGGCGCCUCCACGAAGGCAACGGUGUUGCAAUUUACCAAAUCGGCGUUGAAGAUUGCGGCAUACUUGCCGGCCUUUCUCACUGGGACAUGACAGCCAGUCUGCAAACCCUUCAACUUAUGGCCCUACGGCUCGGGGCCAACACAGCAAUAUUGCACGAGCGAGUAUUAGAAAAUGGACGUCGGAUCGUCCAAGUUAGAGUAGAAAAAGCUCCAGUUUAAUUUUCCGAACACUAAAGCUUUCAGCAAUAACAAUGCUGUUUAUUGCUGAAAUGCGAGACGACAGAGCGUUACAAUGUUCUUGAACGAAGGUGUUUAGUAGUAAAGGCGAGGCGCCCCCCUCUCAUUCAAAAGAACGCGC